AUGGAUCGAAAUCAGAAAGUUCGCGAGUUGGCAAACCUUCUUUACUCUAACGUCUGUGCCGGAGAUUUGGAGCGCAUCAGGACCACGGGUGCCCUGACACCGACAAACAGUCUCCGGCACAGGGCUACGCGAGAUCGGCUGCGGUUCGCCCGUGAUCUUGAAGGGAGGUGGUUUACAUUUCAGCUGGUGCAAGAUGCAGUGCGGUUUCUGCUAUCCGAUUUUCAGCUGGAGAUACCAUCCACAACACCGGGUUUCUCAGAAGAGAAUUGGGUUUCGCAAAGCAGUACCAGGUUGUUGCACCUUUUGCAAAGAUCACGGCGAACCGUGGCGGGCGACGCCAUGGACACUGCGGAAACGCAGCUUCUGGAUGAGAUGGAGGAUGGCUUGCACUAUUGA